AGGAUUUAGUCUCUUUAAUCUAUCAGGAGCGAGAGAGAGAACAAAGAAAGAUGGCAGCUCCAAUUUUGACGUUGAUUGCAGCAUCUCUUCUGGUGGGAUGCACCACUUUAGCCAUGGCUUGGGAGGAAACUUAUGGGGUCAUAAAUGUUGCUGGGAAAGUAAUGUGCCAGGACUGCACCAAGGGUUAUAAUGACUGGAUUAAUGGCGACAGGCCCAUUAAAGGGAGUAAAGUAUGCCUUACAUGCACUGAUGAUAGAGGCAGAGUAAUACAUUACGAUAGUGAUGUGACAGAUGAAAGAGGAGAAUUUGACAUGAUAGUGAGCAAAUACAUUAAUGGGAAGCAACUGAAGGAGAAGAAAUGCUCAGUGAGGCUUGUAUCAUCACCAGACCCUAGUUGUAACAUCCUCACCGACUUUGCUGGUGGGAAAUCAGGAGUGAAGCUCAGGCGACCCACUUCCGUGUACCGUGACACCGUUAAAUACAUGCUCACUCCAUUUUACUUCACGUCUCCAAUGUGUGAUGAGCCUGAUACUACUGAUCAGUACGAUGACACCCAAGGAAACAAUUACUGAUUAAUUAUGAUUUCAAUUUCUUUGAAUUCAUUGUCUAUCUUCUCUGUAUACGUAUGUAAUUGGUGCUUUGUUUUCAUUUUGAUUUUUGUAAGAUAGAGAUAUCUCCCUUGCGUAAGAUUUGCAAGGUACUGUUACUAUAAACCUCCACAACGAUUGAGAAUUAUUAAUCAAGUCAAUGCCCUUUUUUUUCAAA